AUCAAACAAUGACGUGACAAAGUACACCUAAAAACCAAUCAAUCACACAUAAACUCGUUGCAUUCUCACAAACACCUAAUCACACAAAACCCUUCGUGUACAAUUGUCGAUUCCCCGUAACCAAGGCGACCUAGCGACUCUAAACACAAUAGAAUACAUGCUAGUAAUCGACGUGACACUGCAGGCUUCGAAAUGCCGCUUCUCGAAACAGACUACUGCGUUGAGCAAAUAAACGUACCGCCGAAGUUGCCAAUGAUCCUCAAACAAUUCUGCAAAUCCGCGAUUCGCACUCAACCCUACGACUUGCUCAAAUGGUCGACCGCAUACUUUCGCGCGUUAGCUGAAGGUGAAGAACCACCGACGAAGCUUCGCCUGGAAUUUCCGCCGGCUUGCAGUCCUUUCGGCUUGACGAUUGGAUAUUUAAAAGUGUUGCUCAGACAGCUUGGCGGGGACUGCAACAAAGUACUGCCAUUAGAAAAAAUUCUCGAGCGAUGGGACCAAUUAUGCCUCGAUCGUCGCGAUUCAGAUCUGAUAAUUUUGAUCGGAGGUUUUCGCAAUAAAUGUCAAGUGAAAAAAUUCCUCUCAAUUGCCGUUGGGCUGCUUACUCGCAAUUUAACCGAGACCAUGAGUCUCGUUUGCGAUCUGUUCACUUAUCACCCGGACGGUUGUUCGGCGAUGAUACCACUUGGAUUAUUCAUGGAAAUUUAUGGUUAUUUGGCGAGUCUCAAGUGCGACGGUAGCAUGAAAGCAUCAUGCCUGUGUUCGGAAUCGGAAAGAGACAGUGAGAAGGAGGUCGUGUCUGUUGCGAGUCAAGACACAGAGGUGGAUAUCGAUUUGGAUUUGGAAUCGCUCACUAAAGAUGACGUGCAAUCCGUUAUGAGUGAAAUUGAAAUUGCAGCACUGCAAAGUUUCGGCGAAGAAACCGAAGAAAGUUUCCGACACGAAGGGGAGGCAAGCUAUCGUUCUUUCGACGGCACAGUAUCAUCUAGAAGCAGUAAAAGUAUAGAAAAAGUCGAAAUAAAAAAGGAGAGCGAGACGAUGAAGGAGGUACAGCAAGUCGAGUCCGAUGUCUCGAAAAAAUAUGUUUCGCGACGGUCAAGUACGGAAAGCGAGUCGAUACAGUAUUAUCCCAAUGUACCAGGCAUAGGGUGUCGUCUCUCAGCGAAAGAAGUAGCGGCAGUAGCAAUCUGGAUGAGUGAGUGUGCUCGACGACAAGAUGGUAUGGUUGGUGCACGUAACAUCCGUCACAUCAACUGUCCACCCCUCGAAGGUUGGGAAGCUCGCACACGUACACAAAAGGGUUUACUGAAAGAUUUCUAAUCAAAACAUUGUACACAUUGGAAACAAAUGAACUUUAAUGAAUCUCACAUGUAAGACACACGAAUAAAUAGAAAAGAACUAUGUACACGGUAUAUACAAUAAAAGAAAGAAAAUC